ACAAAGGGCGGCCAUUGUUCCUGCUUCUCAGCCCCCGCAGCAAUGGAGGUGAACCGGAGCGAGCCGUGGCUGCUGUCCUUGGCUUUCGUCGAGAACGGCUCCUCUUCAUUCGGUGCCACGAACGCUACUGUGGCCCCCGUGGCAUUGCUCAAAGGCUGCCUACUGCUUGCCAUUAUUCUUCUGGCUAUCAGCGGCAACCUCAUGGUCCUGCUGGCUGUCUUCCUCAACGCAAACCUGCGCACAGCCACCAACUGCCUCAUUGUGAACCUGGCGCUCGCCGACCUACUGCUGGGUGCAAGUGUGCUGCCCUUCUCGGCGGCGCUCGAGAUCUUUGAUAAGCAGUGGUAUUUCGGUCAAAUCUUUUGCCACGUGUGGGCCGCCACGGACGUGCUCUGCUGCACGGCAUCCAUCAACAGCCUGUGUGUGAUCAGCGUGGACCGCUACAUUGGCGUCACGCGGCCGCUCACCUACUCGAGCGUGGUGACACACCGGCGUGCCCUCUUUGCGUGUGUCCUUGUCUGGCUGCUGUCGGCUGUCAUUUCUGUGGGCCCUCUACUCGGAUGGCGUGAGCCCCCUCCCGCCGAUCCGUUUGUCUGCGAGGUGACAAAGCAGACAGGCUAUGUCGUCUUCUCGGUCUCUUUCUCCUUCUACAUCCCGACGCUGGUUAUCCUGGUGCUCUACUACCGCAUCUACAAGGCGGCCACUCGGCAGACUAAGUUCCUGCGUAGGGGAGUGAAGACCAUCAAGGGCGAGCCUGGUCAACUGACUCUGCGUGUGCACACACCCUCUGUGGCGGGAGAGGAUGCGCACAGCUCUUCGGUUGCUGGUGGCCGGCUAGCCAAGUUCAAGCGCCAGAAGAAGGCCGCCAAAACGCUUGGCAUUGUUGUCGGCGUAUUCAUAGUCUGCUGGUUUCCUUUCUUCUUCAUGCUACCACUGGGUACCCUGUGCGAGCCGUGUACCGUGCCGCCACUGCUGUUCGACUUCUGCUUUUGGACUGGCUACUUCAACUCCUGCCUGAACCCAUUCAUCUACGCGUCGACCAGCCGCGAGUACAACCGCGCCUUUCAUGCUAUUCUGCAUUGCCAGUGGAACAAGCCCUCCUUCGUUCCACCGGACUCGCAUCAUGCUUGGUCCGGCAACACGGGACAGAGAACCAGUCGUUCGGGUGUCGGCAGCCUCGGGCGCUCCACUGAGGGCUCAGACAGUGAAGUUCGUUGAGAGGAUUGCGUGUCUCACCUCUUGUGUGGUCUUUUGCCAACCGAUAGCGGUCUUUUGACACGGUAGAUAGGAACAAGUGGCCAGCUGUGCUGUAACUAAAGAUAUAUAUAAUCGACAUAUAGGCGGUCGCUAUAGUUAUUUUUCUGCAGUGCCCCCGUAAACGUCAAUCAUAUUUAUACCUGUACAUCAAAAAGUAAGAUAAAGGUUUGAAGACGAAUUAUUGUUCUAGAAACCAUAAUGUUUAAUUGGUACAGAUGAUGGCUACACUGAUAACACUCAUGGGGAUAGCAUGUUGCGAAAUUCAACAAAUGGGAAAUGUGUGAGGCUUUGGCCCCCAAUUUUUUACAACGGCAGCGCUUGUGGGCUAUAUGAUGCGUCCGUCCGUAAGUACCUCCUUGCCAUAAAACGGCCAUGUGCAGCGCGCUUUAAGCUCCUCAACGAGCAUUUAUACUUCCCCAGUUUUAAGUGAUUCCGGAAAUAUUCCAAUAAGACGGCCCGUAAAUCGAACCAAUCAUGGGAGUCUCUCUGCAUGGAUGGAUGGAUGAAUAACUUUAUCGAGGUCCCUCGGUGCGCGCGAUUAGGGCGCAACGGGCCGCUCCCACAUCGGGACAGAGAGGUCGUGCCCCUCCACCGCGUCGCGGGCCCGAUGGACAGCCAGAGCUGUGCUUCAAGGUCCGAGCUGCAUAGAGCUCGGUUACACUCUUCCUUGGUGGUUCUGGCCCCCGGCGCCGGGGGGCAACCCCAGAGCAUGUGAGCUAGGCUAGCUAUAUCUUGACAAAAGCGACACGCAUUGUGAGGGUGCGCGUCCGGAAAGAUUUUGUGCAGGAAGGCCGUGCAUGGGUAGGUGACCGUCUGAAGCCACCUGUACGUGACGUCUUGUGCUUUAUUGAGUGAUUUGUCAGUUCCUUGAUGGGAAUAGUGUACUUCUGCACUGCACCAAAUCUAAAAUUUCUAAGUGUAGGAGCCUGGUCCCGUACAUUAGGCUACGAGACUGAAAGCCAGAAAUACAUCUUAGUUUAUCGUUUCACGGUAGAACAACAUGAUUAACUGUCUAGAAACUACCUUGUUUAUAAGUUGGAGGCUUUCAAAACUGCAAAAGGAUCAGAAAACUGAAGAACACCAGCAAUGUUUCCUUGGGUUAUUCGAACAGGAAUAUCUUGAAUCUUGGUACGGUGCUGACGCAGUGUUAAAUGCAGUGAGAACGUCAUAUGGAAUGUACCCCGACGUCCAGGAGCAGCAAUGGAGGCCGCCAUCGCAACACUCCAAGGAAACAGCAACACUGUAUAGCAUGCGUUGGGACAUAAUGCUUGGUGCCGCUAUCACUGCUACUCAUAUCGAACGAAAUAUUAUUAUUCAUAUUCUGUACCUCUUUCACAAAGAACUAGAGCACGUAUCAGGGUCAUAGAAUGUCUUGUACGCUAAUAUGCAGUCUAUAAAUGUUGUCGGCUUUUCACGGCAAAGAAGGCAAAACAAGCUGCACAAUCGAACGCAAACAAUUAACAAUGAAGGAGCUGGAAUGGGAGAAGCAACACGCAGAGAUGUGUUUAGCUCCGGGUGGAGAAAAAUAGUAGUCGGACCUCCGCGUGAAACUUGACUUAGGGUGUCGGAAAGAAUGUGCUCCCCUGGCCCUCUGUUCGUGCCUGCGGGCUUUAUUCACGAGUACAUUACGGGAAAGUGGCACCAUCGUGGCAGUGAAAUGCUAGAAUGGGCUUUCGGCUGCAAAUGCAAUAAGAUCCGUGCUCCGCGUUCCAUAUUUACUUUGGAAGCGAAUGGUCGAUAUGUUUUCAGGUGUAUAUGGCGGUCCCUUGCAACGUGUGCCUUGCGGUCGCUUCCGUAUGUCGGAAGCGACCGGUGUCGCUUCCGACACCGGUUGCUCAGUAAAUAAACGAAACAAACCUAGUACUGGAAAGCUGAGCUGCGUUCGGCGUUUGACUGGAAAAUGCUUAGUCCGCGUUAUCGUCUACAUUUCAAUACUUUUUCUUUAACGUGCAUGCUGGUCCAUGUGGGAGAAAUAAAUGCUCAACAUUAGCGUCAAGUAACGACCGGCGUUUUAGCGUGUUAGUAACUUGUGUCACCAUAAUCAUCAUCAGCCUGUUUUAUGUCGACUGCAGGACGAAAGCC